AUGCAAGGUGGCAAUGCCCCUCCCAUCCCCUUACCCCUCCCAUCCCCUUAUCCCUCCGAUUCCCUUACCCCUCCCAUCCCCUUAUCCCUCCCGUCCCCUUACCCCUCUCGUCCCUUUACCCCUCCCGUCCCUUUACCCCUCCCGUUCCUUUACCCCUCCCGUCCCUUUACCCCUCCCGUUCCUUUACCCGUCCCGUCCCUUUACCCCUCCCGUUCCUUUACCCCUCCCACGCACGCGCCAUGGCAGGUGGUGAUGGUGGGCGGGGUGCACCGGGUGGGCAUCUACGCGCUGCGCGACCUCAGGGCGGGCGACGAGGUGCUCUACGACUACUGCCGCAAUGGCGGCAGCAGCAGCAGCAGCAGGGGGCGCAGGCUGCCAGAGCUCAGCAUCAAGGAGCCAUCAAAGGAGGAGAGGGAGUGUCGUGAAACAAGGAGAGGACGACGUGGAAGGAGAGGAGGGCGGGGAAGGAGAGGAAGGGGGGGAGGCAGGAGUGGGGCUGGAGGGGAAGGCGGCAGUGCUGCAAGGGAGGGUGGAAGUGAUGAGAGGGAGGGUGGCAUUGCUGAGAGGGAGGGUGGCAGUGCCGCGAGGGAGGAAGGCAUGGAGGAGGAGGCAAUCAGGCAUCUCAACAGACUGUGA